AUGGUUCACGAAAAAUCCGGAGCCACAAUGUACACCUGUACCCGUAUUUGUUCAAGCAAGCCCAUUCCAACUUAUCUCAAGGAUUUAGAUCAUCGCCGACUGUUCUUCGGCAACGUGUACAACACCACCGGAUACUAUUUCCUCAACGCCUACGUGUUUGCGGAAUAUUGCAUGUGCAGUUCAGGAAAAUGUUGUGGAGCAAUAGACUUUCGGGAGUAUAUGCUUAAUGCGGAUGCUUAUGUAUAUCGCCCUAUAACAAGCCAAGCUAAUAAAGUUUUCUUUUUCUUUGUGUCUGCGGACUGUUCGUUUCAGCAUAUCCCUCCAAAUCGUCAGGAAAGGAAAUAUACAACAAGGUACCAAGUGCUCUUCCUUCUUCGAAGAGGAGAGCCAUACUCAGCAGCCCAACAAUACACUGUUUCAAAUAUCAAGAAAAAAAAUAUCGGCAACAAGAAGGUUUUCCUGUCAUUCCAGAUUGCAUCUCUGCUCACUUGCUCCUUCGUUGCAGUAAAGGACAAGUUCACGGCAGUUAUAUACUACAAGAUCACACUUGAAUCACAGGAAAAAUGUAUGAUGGCCUGCUACCAAGACAGUGACUGCACAUUUGUGCAAUACGAAGCAAGUACGUGCACGGUCUUCAAACAAGGGAGCAACGCUCAGCAGCCCAACGCUGAAACGUAUCAAAUUUAUCGGCAAGAGGAACGCUCCUCCUGUCAUCGCAGCAUGAAAGUUGGACAAGAAGUGACUUUCGAGACCGUUCAAGCCAAGUCGAGCGAUAGCAGCAAAUCAUGCACGGAUGAUGCUCCUGAUGCUCCAAUUGUAGUCUAUAGAUACUCAGACACUUCAUUGCGCUUCUAUUCUACCGACUCUUCCGGAUUCGUUCCAGGCCGUAAUGGCGUGCAGAGGUUAUGGCUCACGAAAAAUCCGGAUCCACAAUGUACGGCUGUGCCCGUAUUUGCGCAAGCUAAUUACCGUCGACUGUUCUUUGGAAACGUGUACAACACUACAGGAUACUACUUCCUCAACGCCUAUGCGUUCGCGGAGCAUUGUGUGUGCAGUUCAGGAAAAUGCUGUGGAACAAGAGCGUUUCGGGAGUAUGUCCUUAAUGCGGAAAGUUUUGUAUAUCGCCCUAUAACUGAGGCAACCUUGUCACCCUCCAACGUCGAUCAGACGUUUUUCGCGGCUGCAAUAGGGGAACAAUCUGGCUGGACUCCUCCAUGA